AGCAGAGAAGGGAGAACCGCCACCGUCGCUAGCCGCGCGCAGAGGACCACCGCUGUUCUCAGAUCGACGCCGCUUGUUCGAGGAGAAUCGCCGCCGUCCGCGUGCAGUCAGGCCGGGUUGAGGAGCCGCCACCGUCCUCAGUUGACGCUGCUGGUUGAGGAUCCGCCGCCGUAGUCCUGUAACCCGCUGCGCACAGCUCCGCCGAAGUCCAGUGUUGAUUGCCGUCCAAAUUGCACAGCCGCCAGAACAAAAAAGGCUUUGAAGAAAAAAAGGGUUUUUUCUAUUUGGCAGGAGUUUCGGCAAAAAGGAAAAAAGGUUUUUUUGUUGCUGGAUCGAAGAAGAGAAAAAACAGUUGGGCCGUGUGAUUUUUUGUUUUGGGCUGGUUUUUAGGUUUGGACUGGUCUUAUUCGUGGGCUGUGGAUUUGGCCUUGAUUUUUUGACGAAAUUACCAAGAUCUGAAAUUAGUUGUACCGGGUAUCUCGUCUAGUCGUUUGAGAUGGUAGAAGAUGAGAAGUUCCGAAUUGAGAAGUUCGAUGGUACAGAUUUCAGUUGGUGGAGGAUGCAAAUUGAAGAUUUGCUCGCUCAGAAAGAUUUAGACGUGGUAUUGGGUGACAAGCCAGAAAAGAUGUCGGAUGCAGAUUGGGCAGGUUUGGACCGGAAAGCUAUGUCCGUGAUCCGUCUCUCGUUGACCAAGAAUGUUGCAUUCAACAUUCUAAAGGAGAAGACAGCGAAGGGAAUUAUGGAUGCGCUGUCUAACAUGUACGAGAAGCCAUCUGCAGCGAAUAAAGUUUUUCUGAUCAGAGAGCUGGUGAACACAAGAAUGAAAGAAGACACUUCUGUUACCGAGCAUAUCAAUAAGCUGAAUUCGAUCUUAGCCAGACUUUUGUCAGUGGGCAUUAAGUUCGAUGAUGAAGUUCAAGCUUUGCUACUGCUAUCGUCUUUACCUGAUAGUUGGUCCGGAACGGUUACAGCAGUUACCGGUUCAGUGGGACCCGAUGGAUUCACCUUUGAUCAGAUUCGAGAUCUCGUUCUUGGCGAGGAUGUUAGAAGAAAGAGUUUAGGGGAGUCAUCUGGUGAAUUACUUCAUGUUGGUAGAGGCAGAAGAUAUAGCAAAGGCUCUGCGAGUGACGAGGAGGUCGCUCUGACUUGCUGUGAGGAAAGCAAUGUGGAUUCCUGGGUCAUGGAUUCUGGUGCUUCAUUUCAUGCUACCCACAACGGUGAAGCAUUGCAGAAUCUAGUUGUUGGGGACUUUGGAAAGGAUGUCAAAGUUGUUCCAGCCUUGAAGAAAAGUUUGAUUUCUGUCAGGCAGUUGGACGAACAGGGAUAUGAGGUGAAGUUCAGAGAUGGGCAGUGGAAGGUCGUGAAGGGAAAUCUUAUCAUGGCCCGUGGAAAGAAGAGAGGUUCGCUGUAUAUGGUCGAGUUACCAUCUGAGGGAGUGACCGUCCCAGUUCAGAAGAGAAACAAAGUCCGGUUCACAGAGUCUCGUGGGCAGAACAAGGUUGUUUGUGCAAGAGAGAAACCUAGAGCCACUGGUCAGACUCAGGAUGAACGAGCCUGUAAAGGUUCAAGGGGGCCAGUCAGAGGUAUUUGUGGCAGUGGGAGCUCAAGAGGCACUUCAGCCAAGUUGCCUAGAAGACAGUGGGUCAGGAGAACCAGUAUUCCAGCUGUUGGAACAUCUCAAGAAAAUUUCUUGCUGAGUACGGAGAAUGUUUGUUCUCAGGAUGUUCCAGGAUCUGGCAGUGUGCAUAUGCAGUGCGAGCCGGUAGGGACCGAGGACGAGUCAGGGGCAGAUUUUGCCGUGACGGAUGUGUUGGAGUUUGGGAGAGCUUCAACGGGCCUUUCAGUUGUCUGAUGAUAGGGCCGCUGCAACAGGAGAGCUGAGGAAGAUUACUCGAUGUACAGGGAAUCGUGGUGGAUGACAGUUGAUGACUAUCAAGCCUCCAAGUGGGAGAAUGUUGGGUUUGUGGAGGCUUGGGCUUGACUUUUGGCCCGGCCCAUGUUACGAAACCCUAGAUGCACUCUUCUUAUAUAUAUUGCAUACUUGUACUUGUAAUCGGCACCACAAGUGAAAUAAGAAAAUCCUCCUGUUGCAGCCGUGGAUUAGGGAAACCGA